GUGACUGUCUGCAGACAGAACAUGGCUGACCUGUCAGAAGACCAAUGAGGGAAAGGCCAAAUUUAGCAUAAUCGAUCUGAUUUUUUACGUCGUUUCUGACCACAGUUGACCGUCGUGGACAGCAGUUGACCAGAGGUAUUCAAGAUGAGUGGAUUGCCAGAGGGAAUGACAAAUGGCCCCAGCAGGAGCGAACACUUAGAGAAAGAUGCUCAGAUCUGGGAGAGACCCUGGACUCUUGAAGAGAUGCGACAGAGCAGUGCCAAUUGGUCUCUGGCAGCUGACUCGGGGCUCUUCCUGUUCCUCCAAGACUUCUCCCACAGGAUGCUGUCAAAGACGCAUGAGAUUGAAAAGCAGUUGGACAGUCUGAUCCGUGACACCAAGGCCACAGACAGCUGCUUGCACUCUGUCUUUAAUGACUUUCUCAUGCUCUCCAAUACACAGUUUAUAGAAAAUAGAGUGUAUGAUGAAGAGGUAGAAGAUGCUAUACCAAAGGCUGAUGCAUUGGAGAAGCAGCCUGAACAGGAGAAGACUCGAGAGCAGAAAGAGGCAGAGUUGAUCCCUAAGAUGCAGGAAGCUGUGAAUUAUGGUUUGAGAGUACUUGAGUCAGCCUUUGAGCAUCUGGACAUCAAAGCAGGAAACUCUGACUCAGAGGACGAGGAGGUCACUGACAGAGUGGAGGCCAUCCUAGAGCCCAAGGAUCUUUAUGUGGACAGGCCACUUCCAUAUCUGAUUGGUUCCCAGGCCUUCAUGGAACAAGAUGAUGUUGGACUUGGUGACCUCUCAAGCGAUGAAAUGUCAGUCGACAGUGACCGAGACAGUGUGAUUGAGAGUGAAGAUGGCAAAGAAGCAGUUCAUUCAGAUGAUGAUUUCAAUCAGGAUGAGGACGAAGGUCAUAAUAAUAUUAAGACGAAGUCAUCCAUGUUGAGUUAUGAUGAUGAUGACGAGGAGGAGGAUGAGGAUUCUGAUAUAUUUGGAGAAUCAGACAAGGAUGAUGAUGAUGACACGCAGAACACAGGUCCAUCGUCCUUUGCUGAUGAGCUGGCAGCCCGAAUCAAAGGUGAACCAGUUAACAAACCGGAGGGAGAUCGGGCAUCAUUGACAUCUAAGAAGAAAAGUAAAGGCAGAAAAGAACCAAAGCCUUCAAAGUCACAGGCAGCUGAUGACGACAGUGAUGACAUGUUUAAGCCACCAAAGAUGGAUGAGGACGACUUCUCCCCAUUUGGAGGAAAAAGUGGCCUCUUCAGUGGAGGGAAAGGCCUGUUUGACGAUGAUGACGAGGGUGAUCUUUUCUCUGAGGCACCAAAACCUUCUGUGUCUGAAGCGAAAAAAGCAAUGACUGAAAGCACAAAAAGCACAGCUCAGAGUGCAGAAACUGGCAAACCUGGGAAGAAGAUUCCAACAGAUAACAGCCUGUUCAGUUCAGGAAAUGACUCCGAUUCAGUGAGGAGCAAGGAGAAUGGAACUCCAGUCCCCAAGACCAAUGCUGCUUCCAAAUCGGUUCCUUCAGGACCUGGUAUCGGCGGAGGAGGAGGAGGGCUGUUUGAUGAUGACGAUGAGGAUGAUGAUUUCUUCAGUGGUAAAAGCCUAAAAAAAUCUGACUCUGCUGGAAAGGAGAAACCCAAACCCAAGAGGGCUGUUGACCUCUUUGAUGAAGAUGAUGAGGAUGGUGACAUAUUCAGUGAUAAGUACAGUGUGCCAACUCCAGCUCAGAGCAAGAAGGAGGCUGUGGAAGAGCAGGCUAAACCACCUGAGAAGAAGAUGCCAGCUGGGGCCAUCUCCAUGUUUGGUCCUGGGACUAAAAGCUUGCUCAGUGAGGGCCUGAAAAAACGUCAGCCAUCUACCAGCGAGGAGUCUGAGAAAUCUGAGGAGAAUGGGCCUGCUCCAGAUGUUGGGAAAGCUGCUGUCAAGCAGACUCAGAAACCCCAGUCCAGAGGCCUCUUCUCUGAUGAUGAAGACACACAGAUAUUUCCAACCAUUCCCAAGAGUCAGUCUAAACCUGAACCUACAAGCCAGAGCAAAACCAGCAAGGCCCCUUUGUCGUUAUUUGAUGAUGAGGAAGAGGAGGAUCUGUUUGCGUCUGCAGCUAAAUCUAAACCAAAACCUAAUCAAGCUAAAGUCUCCACACCACAACCCAGUAAGACUGUGUCCAGCUCCCUCUUCAGCGACGAUGAGGAUCAGUGGAUAAGUUCCAAGAGUAGCGCAACAAAGCCAGAGACCAAGACAGUUGGGAUGAAGCCCAGUGCGAGCGCCCCCUCCAGUCUCCCCAGUGCCAAAACAUCUCAGAAGAGUAGCCUCUUUGAUGACGAGGACGAUGAUGACCUAUUUGCUCCAACAAAAGAGUCAAGUCAGAAGAAGCCUCAGAGAGUUGCACUCUUGUUUGAAGAUGAAGGUCAUGACGAUGAAGAUAAAGGAUCCCUCUUUGGUGUCAAACCUACUGUCAACACAAACAAUGCAGCCCCAGCUGCUAAAACACCCGCUGUGGCCUCUCAGCCGCCCUCCCAAUUACAGAAAUCAGCAGCAGAGGACAAGCCGUCACCGCAGGAGAAGCCAGUUGCAAAGACCCCUGAGCUGCUCCCAUCAACAGCUUUGCCAGAAAAUAGUGAAAGUAAAAAGAAGCCCGCUGGAGCUGUCAGUCUCUUUGGAGGCAUUAAUGUUCUUGACGGCAAGCAGACAAAGAGCCCACUGGAUGAAGAUGACAAUAAUGACAGCUUGCUCUCUAAGGGAAGCUCACCACCAAGUGUUAAGAAGGAGGAAAAGAAGGAACAGAAAAAGGAAGAGAAAGUUAAAACAAAAACUGUUAGUCUGUUUGAAGAUGAAGAGGAAGAUGAAUCAGACUGGAAUGAUCCCAUAUUCACACCCAGUAAACCCACGGGCAGAAACACACUAAAGCCCACGGAGGAGCGACCACAGGCAAAGAGCACAGGUGUGUUCCAGGACGAGGAGCUGCUGUUCAGUCAGACGCAGCAGAAGGACAAUGACCCAGAUGUUGACCUCUUUGCCACCUCAGGGAAAGCUGCAAGCUCAGUGAAGCCAGCAGCACAAAGUCUGUUUGCAGAUGAUGAUGAGGACGACCUCUUCAGCUCCACCAAGCCCAAAGCUCCUCCUCCGAAAGUAGCAGAGAAGCCUAGUAAACCUGCUGACAAAGCACCGCUAGCAAGUCCAGAAUCUGUCUCGGAAAUUCAGAAACCUGCACCAAGCCCUGUAAAACCUAAAGAUUCCUCAUCAAGGAUUGGGAAACUUCAAGCCAAUCUGAUGAUCAACCCUGCUGCGUUGCUCCCUGGUGCUGCUCCCACUAUGCCAGGGGCUGUCAGUGUCCUCCCUGGCAUGGGUCCUAGUUCCUCCUCAGGGGUGUCCAGCUCCAGCCUGAGUCCCAGCCCUGCCACAACUCCCGUAGGAGCCCAGACAGACAGUGAGGGAGGAGUGAGCUUCGACACCCCAGUCCAGGUUACAACACUGCAGAGUGCACAUAAGAGUCGUGCCAAAGGUUCAGCAUAUCGGAGACCCCAGUCCAGAGCUGCGCGGCAGCAAGCUGCCCAAAGAUCUGCGGAAGAUAGAGAAGCAACCCUGGGUGGAGAUGUUCCUGGGCCAAAUCCCAGUCUGUCUGGUUUAGUCUUACCUCCACCAGACAUAUCCAGCCAGACCCAUGUCAGUCCGACACUAUCUAACUCAGCUGCACCCGCAGCCUUGCCUGCCUCUUCAUUUUCUCAACCUUCACUCCCUGAAAUCUCCCCCAGAGCCUCAGUACUCACACUGCCAGUAUCUACAAACGCUGGAAAGAAAGACUCUAGUAAGGACAAGCUCAGUACCAAGGUGCUGCAGUCUUCUGAUGAGGAUGACCUUUUUGGCUCUGACAGUCUGUUUGAGUCCACUUCAGUCACUAACACGCCCUCGGCCAGACAGACUACCAAGACUACACAACCUCAAGCCAGUAGCGGAGUGGGAUUGAAGAAAGACAAAGAUAAAAGCACACUCCCAUCCAUUUUUGAUGACAACACUGAUGACCUUUUCCAAAAGGUCAAGCCAAAGUCAACUACUAAGAAAGCCAUGGCCUCAUCCUUUUUGGAAGAUGAUGAUGAUGAUGAGGACAUCUUUGGAGUGAGCAACAGUUCCACUCCCUCAUCCACAAGUAGUAAAGAAAUCAAGAACAAUACUAGUUUUUCAAAGCAGGACAUCUUCCAGGAUGAAGUAGCCUCUGUGCCUAAAGUUCACAAGAAGCACAAAGAGAAGGCCAUUGAUGCCAGCUUGUUUGAUGACGACAUAGACAUUUUUGCUGACCUGACAGACACUUUAAAACCAAAACAGAAGUCCAAGACAAAGGGAGAGACCAAGUCGAUAUUUGACGAUGACAUGGAUGACAUCUUCUCACCAAGCACAGUAAAACCAGUGGCAAAGGCUCCAUCUAAAUCAAAGAAGACACCACCAUCCCAGGAGACCAGUACAGCUGCAGAUUCAAGCAACAUAUUUGAUGAUCCACUUAAUGCUCUUGGUGGGAACUGAACUGUUAUUUCUUCAGUAGCCACAUUUGUACACUUGUGGAAUAUGGAUUAAUUCUUUUGUCUUUUGGAUCGCUGAAAGAUUGGAGAACAAUACACUGUUAAUAGAGUAUUUAUUCAUGUAAAUUCAUAUAAAUACUGUGGCUUAUUUUUGGCAGAUAAAGACUCAAAUGAAAGUGAUUCCAGUCAUCUUCUGACAGCAUUUCCAAAAUCAUCUUGGCAUCAGAUCAUAUUAUGUAACAGUUAUUAUAUGCUGUUAAUCUUUAUUAUACAUGAUAGCACUUUAUAAGCAUACCAUAUGCUUAGCCUCAAAGCCUGCAGAAAUUAACAGAGAAUUGUUUUGUUUGUUUUGAAGAUGUUUAUCCUUUGGCUUUGCCAUGUUGAGAUUCCAUGUCUUUGGGUUUGUGCCAUAUCAUGGUUAUGAGAAAUCAAUGUGUUUACUUACUGUCUUAGGCAUUUUGACAAUGUUUUUAUUAAUAAGAAAUUCAUCCAUUUCUUAACUUUGGUUGUGUUGAAAAAGGAAAUUCAUUUUUAAUAACUAAAAAGAUACAUAUUUUA